AUGAAGUAUCCCCCAACAAUCUCCUCCAACGAUCGUCAAACCAUUGUCACCGAUGCCAUUGACUGGGCCCUUGCUCAUGGUCUCGUCGUCAGACCCACCGUUGAUAAGCAGCAACAUUUCAAAAACCAAAGUGCUGUAACCCACGCACCAUUUGCUCUGUAUCCAACGCCAUUCCCUCGUGCCGAAUUUGAGAAAGCUAAAGGCUUGCAGCAACCAUGGAACACUCUCAUUCAUCAGCUAAGCUUGGAUGACGCACUCAUCAAGAAAGCCAUGAGCUCGUUGAAAGGCGUGGAUGAUUUUAUGGAGAAGCUUUAUGAUAUCUAUCUCAAAACACAGGAAGAAGGUGUAGUGCAGCGUGCAUCGUUAGGUAUUCAUCGAUGUGAUUAUCUAUUGCAUUCAACCUCGGAUGCUGAAUCGGCUCGGAUCCAGCAAGUGGAAUUCAACACGAUUGCCGCUAGUUUCGGAAGUUUGAGCACAUGGACAAGUAGAUUGCACAGAUACCUGGUCGAAGCAACAGAAAAAUACGCACAAGGUGCUAUCAGCAUUGAUCAAUUACCUGAAAAUCGUUCUAUUGAAUGCUUGGCAAGCGGUAUCGCAAGUGCAUGGAAGCUCUAUGGCAACCCGCAGGCUCAUGUCUUGAUGGUAUGCCAACCAGGUGAACGAAAUGCAUUCGAUCAACGAUGGAUUGAAUUUACCCUUCUUGAAUCCCAUGGUAUCCGUUUGCUUCGACGCACACUCGAGGAAAUCGACAAUACUGCUACACUGGAUCCCAAGACAAAGGCUUUAUUAAUAGAUGGUCAUGAGAUUGCUGUUACAUAUUAUCGUGCCGGAUAUGCUCCUGAAGAUUAUCCUUCAGAGAGGGAAUGGAAGGCUCGGUUGAUCGUGGAACGUUCCUUGUCGAUCAAGUGUCCAACGGUGCCUUAUCAGCUGGUGGGUGCCAAAAAGGUGCAACAAAUGUUGACGGUCCCUGGCGUAUUGGAACAAUAUGUGGAUGUGUACACAGCCGACCUUUUACGUGAAUCGUUUACGGGAUUGUACCCAUUGGAUGCCUCUGAGGAAGGCCAACGUGCUUACAAGAUGGCACUUGAAGAACCAGAACGAUUUGUCAUGAAGCCACAGCGUGAAGGAGGCGGCAACAACAUCUAUGGCAACGACAUCCCAUCCAUCUUGCAGAAAUUAUCACCAGAAGAACGCAACGCUUAUAUUCUCAUGGAGCUUAUACGCAGUCCACCAUUGCAAAAUCUCAUGGUUAGGGAAGGCGAGCUUAUCGAGGGUGAUGUUGCAAGUGAACUUGGCAUCUAUGGUAUUUAUUUAAAUGAUGGUGACAAGGCUAUGGUCAACGAAAUCGGUGGUCAUUUAUUACGGACCAAGGCACAUGCAACUCAUGAGGGUGGUGUCGCUGCAGGCUUUGCCGUUAUUGAUAGUCCAUUACUCAUUUGA